AUGAGCUCUUCAAAGUUUGGGCCGGAUUCGAGUGAUAAUCGGCGAAUCGCACACCGUGCUCCCACCGAUCAGAGAGAAUUGUUUGAAUCUUUGGCUUAUAAAAAAGCCAAGUUAGCUUCUUUUUCGCACAGUCUGAAUUCUGGAGGAAAGCAAACAUCAAUGAAAUCGUUUGUUCAGACAAAAAAUGUGACCAAUGGAAAGAAAGGUUUUUCUGCUAAAAGAAAGAGCAAAAAGGAUGAAGAAUCUGAUGAGGAGGAUGAUUUUAUUGUCCAGUCAAAUGAAGAGGAAUCGGAGUUUACAGAAGAAGACGAAGAAGAGCCUGUACGAAAGCGGAAACUUCCAAAUCGGAGCAAAGCUACACCUCAAAAAGCUGCACCACUUACACCACAAAAGGCCAAGGCUCAUACUUUGUCUGAAUCCAGCAGCGAAGGCGACGAAAUGGCCGAUGGAUGGUUGUGCAAACCACGACUCAAUAAGGAUAGUGACGAAUCACAAAGGGCUCCAUUGAAAAGACCUCCGCCAUCACCUAAUAAACAAGUUAAAAGAAGAGUCGUUACAUUGAGUGAGGAAAGCGAUGAUGCGCAAGAAGCUGAAAUAACUAAUGCUGCUACGCUUCGAAAAGUUGCAAAACAAGCUGCGAAACACACAAAAAAGAAUGGAAAGCUUUCCGACUCUGAUUAUGAAGAUGACGCCGAUUUUGAUGCUGGCGAAGACUUCAUUGAAAGCUUUGAUAGCGAAGAUAGCGACGAUGGCCGACAAAAACGCCCAGAGAACAGGAUGAAACAAGACUGCGUUCGCUUUUUCAACACGGCUUCACAUGAUGACCUGUUGCUGACGCCUCGGAUCAACGAAAAAUUGGCUGAUGUUCUUUUGGCAAAUCGACCUUUUGACACUUUUCGAGAAUUAGAAGAAACUCUAUCAUCGCAUAGAGGUGGAAAACCAUUGAUUGAGUCUUACAUGGAAUAUCUGGAGAAUCGUGGUGUUUUGAAUCGCAUUCUUGACGACUGCAAGGGAGAUUCGGCUAAAGUUGCCGCGGAGUUCAAAUUUUAUCAGAAUAGUGACAAUGUUCCUGAUUCGCUCAACAAGAGUAUGUCACUACACGCUUAUCAGAAAGAGGGUUUGAAUUGGUUGGUGAUGAUGCACGAGAAAAAGCUGAACUGCAUUCUUGGAGACGAAAUGGGUCUUGGAAAAACAAUCCAAAUUGUCGCAUUUCUUGCUUGGCUGAAAGAACAGAAUGUUCCCGGUCCGCAUCUUAUUAUCGUUCCAUCAUCAACUAUUGAAAACUGGAUGAAUGAAAUGAGCAAAUGGUGUCCCGACAUUCAAGUCGAUGUUUUACUUUCAACUUAUAACAUGGUUGGAUCUAAAUCGGACGACAAGAAGUUUUUCAAAAACUUCAAGAUCAAUUACGUCAUUUAUGAUGAGGGGCACAUGCUGAAAAAUUGUUCGACUGAGCGCUACAAGUCUUUGAUGAAAAUCAAAAGUAGCCGGAAGAUUUUACUUACUGGAACACCACUCCAAAACAACUUGAUUGAACUGAUCUCGCUGAUGUAUUUUGUGAUGAGAAAAAUCUUUGACCGUUAUUGUGACAACAUAACGCAGCUGCUCUCUCACUUUAAACAGCAAGGAGGAAGUGCUAUCGAAGGCACUCAAGCUCUUUAUCAACAAGACCGUAUUGAACAAGCAAAGGCAAUUCUUGAACCUUAUAUUUUGCGUCGUCUAAAGUGCCAAGUUUUGAAUCAAUUGCCAAAGAAGACUGAAGAAGUUGCUACAAUCAAGAUGGAAGCAGAACAAGCCGAUCUUUAUGAUUAUCAAAUGGAGUUGCUUCGAUCAGUGGAUGAUAGCUCUUCAACCACAUCAUCAAGCAUUAUGCGUUUACGUCAAGCUGCAAAUCACCCGCUGAUGACGCGUCGGGUUUUUGAUGAUGACACUUGUACUAAAGUUGCCAAAAAAUUAGUUCGAUGGGAGAAAGAAUAUGGGAAGAAACGAGCUGAAGAUGUCGCAGAAGAUCUUCUUUGUCUGUCGGACUAUCAAAUACAUAAGAUCUGCGAGAAGUUUUCAUCGACCUCGGAAUUUUGCAUCGAUGAUAGUGUAGCAAUUGAAAGUGGAAAGUGUAAAUUCUUGGAUCAACGGCUGCCCCCAAUCAAAACAAAGGGUGAAAAAGUCUUGAUCUUUUCGCAGUUUACUCAAAUGCUGGACAUUUUGGAGGCUUACUUGCGCGUUCGAGGUCACUCAUUUUGCCGAAUGGAUGGAAGCACUCCGGUUAUGGAAAGACAGGACAUGAUUAAUUCUUUCAACCAUGACCCAUCGCUCUUUGUGUUUCUGCUGUCGACGCGUGCUGGAGGACUUGGCAUCAAUUUGACUUCAGCCAAUCAUAUUUUUAUCCAUGAUAUCGACUUCAAUCCUUAUAAUGACAAACAGGCUGAAGACCGUUGUCAUCGCAUGGGACAGGAAAAACCAGUGCAUGUCGUUCGCAUGAUCUCUAAAGGAACCAUUGAGGAAGGAAUAGCUAGAUUGGCUAAACGUAAAUUGCAACUGGAGAAAGAAGUGACUAUUGGAACACGUGGUGCAAUUGAAGCUGACGAUUCUCUGGUUAGCAACAAAGAAGGUGAAAGUGAGACGGAACUUGAAGCUGGUGAAUUGGCUGAUUUAAUGAAGCAAGUGAAACGAGCCAAACCAACGUCUCCAAAGAAGCGGCGGGAUAGCCAG